AUGACAGAGAAUAGUACCACUAGCAAUGCCACGCCGAACGUGUUUGAACAUGCGUUACAAACAUGGAUUGAAAUAGACUUGCCUAGCUUACAGAAGAAGCUCGAUGAACAAGGGUUAGAAAUAAAAGAAUACCAAAAGUCGUCAGUUUUGAGUCGAAAAGCGUUGGCCACGAAAACUAAAGAGUUCAAGAAACUAGAGGAUGAUGAAAAGCUAGGGCAAAUCAAAUCUCUAUUGAAAUUGUAUCAGAAUGAAAUUGACAGUCUUACAAAUAAGAGUAAAAAUGCUGAAAAUCACUUUUUUGGGGUUUAUCGAUUAAUUGCGGAAGCUCCCGAUCCUCGACCCUUGUUGGAAAUGUCACUCGACUCGGUGAUAGAGGGCAACGAUGCAACCAAACUUAGAGCUGAAGUAACCAGGUUAGAAGAUGAGUUGGCGAAAAAGGCUGAUUACGAUCAAUUGAAACAAAGGCUACUUUCAAACGAACAAAAAUCAGCGGAGCUUUUAAGCAGUCGAGUCAAGGCUAAAGAAAAUGAACUCAGGGCUAUUUUGGAAGAGAAGGAGAAUAAUUGGAGUGUAAAAGAGAAACAAUUUGAGAAUAAGUUGCUCACGGCACAAAAGCAAAUUGAAGAAUUAAGGGCUUUUAAAGAGGUGUCAGAACUUCAAUUGGACAAUCAAAAUAGGAACGUCAACAACCAGGAGACUUCGGCAUCUGUGUUAGCCGAGCUUGAUAUGGUUAGAAGAGAUGCUGAACUGGCAAAGAAAAGGAUAUUUGAUCUUGAAAAGAGGAAUGAAGAUUUGAGAAGGGAGAUUUCUAAAUCAAAGAAUGAUAAUGACGCAGAUAUGGUGCGUAACGAAUGUGACAAGAAGGUAAAAGAAGUUGAAAGUGAAAAUGUACUACUUGUUGCUAGUUUGGAUCAAGUGAGGAAGCGAUUGACUGAAUCUUCCAAGGGAUACGAGACUAAAAUUGAGUCAAUAAAUAGAGAAAAUUCACAAAUGAAUCAAGAAAUCAAGAACUUGAAAUUGAAAUUGAGCAAAGCUUCCGAUUAUGAAGAGAUCAAACAAGAAUUGCACUUGCUUCGUCAAAUAGAAUUUGGACAUGAUGAUGACGAAGAUGGGGAUGAAAAUGGUCAAGGAGAAGGUGCCAAAUUAGACACCAUAGUCAUUGAGAGAAACAAAGCCAUGACUCAAGAACUAGCGCAGUACAGAUCACAACACAAUGACUUGGUUACCAAGAUUGAUAAUCUUCAAAAGCAAGUUGAUGCUUCAGCACAAACAAUAACUUCAUUACAACAGUUGAAUGAGAAAUUGGAAAAUGAUUUAGUUGAAUUACAGGACUCGAAUGGUCAAAACAGAUUCAACGACAAUGCUAGUUUGAUAUCUGGUAUGAGUCGCUUCACGCGACCAUCGCAUAUGAGAAGUGGAAGUAUAAUUUCAGGAAUGUCUGGAGACAAGGGUGUUAAUGGAUCUGAUGAAUCAUCCAUCUUACCAAUCAUUACAAAACAAAGGGACAGAUUUAGAGAAAAGAACAACGAACUUGAAGAAGAGCUUCGGAAACUGCAAAAUAAAGUCAAUGAUCUCAAGCGACAAGUGAAUGCUUUGAAACAUGAUAACGAAGAAUUGUAUGAAAGAGGAAGGUACUUGGCUUCGUUCCAAACGCCGGGUACGAAAAACAUCACUACUACAGCAUCAGGAAGAAAAUUUCUCAACCCCAAACCCAAUGUUGAUUUAGAACGUAAUGAUGUGGAGUAUCAACGCAACUAUGAAAAAAAAUUACAUCCAAUUGAGCAAUUCAGAAUAAAAGAGCAGGAGAGAAUCAAUUCAAAAUUGUCGCCUUUAGAAAGGCUAUUCAUAUCGUUAACCAGAGCAAUUUUGGCCACGAGAUUAACCAGGAUGGUGUUUUUUGCCUAUUGUUUGGGACUUCAUAUCAUUGUCAUGUUUAUUACGAUUUAUGCCAUGAACAUCCAUACGUCAUUGAUACCUGAGGUGGGGUUGAAUAGUAGUACUGGUGGGAUUACUUCAAAUCAGGGUGGAUCUCCUCAAAUGGUUGCCAAUAAUGGGCUCAUAUAG